GCAGGUUUUUAUUAAAUAAGCAUGAGCCUGACUAAUGUCUUGCUUUCUUCCUGGUGACAGGCUUGUUGAAAGAGUAGCUCAGAAAGCUUUUAAGGGGGAAAUUUCGCAAAGACAGAUUUUUCUUUCUUUAAAGAGACUAAUAAAUCGAAGAGUUAAGGUCAAAUACUUGCUCCUUGGUUGUCAAAUCCUUCUACAGAUGUUUGCUUGAUGGAAUGUACUUUGCAGUUGGUCAGCGUCUGAAGGUGAAGGCAAGAAGUGCAUAAAACCUGUUUGUGUUUAAAAAGCACAGGAGAGAGUGCUUCUGUCCAUUUGUGCAUAACUUCAUUAAAAUCUUUGUCUUUAAAGAGAGUGGACAGAACUGUGGGAGGGGACAGUCUGGUGCUUAGUAAAUGGUCACUGAUCCCAGUCCAAAUGACAAGGUGGCUGACCAUCAACUUUGCUCUCUAAAGCCCCCUGACUUGCAAAGGGUGGUGUUUUCUGUUUGAUAGAAUAAACUACAUAGGUUACGUGGCUCCUCUUCCAACUAGUUACUAUUUUUGCUCUUUCUCCUCCCUCUCUUUCGAAGGAGGGGGAUGCUCUUGAAAAUGCUUGGUAUGCUGAGCAGCUGUUCAGUGGUAAAAAAGACAAAGAAUGCAAGAUGUGUGAGUGUACUGCUGCAGGGCAGGUGACCGAGGCUGAAAAGUUUCUCUUGAAUAAUCCUGGCCUUUCCUGUCACUUGUUACUUGUCCUCCUGUUUCCCCAGCUCACACUACUCCCGUACGGCACCAGAGCAGGCGAGGGCCAGGCUGGGGCAGGAGGCUGAGCUGUGUUUGCUGCUCCUGGAGGCCUGCAGGGUGGCGCGAGCAGGGGCAGCGGGUGCAGCAUCGCUGGGUGGGUGCGAUUGGGGGCCGUGGCAGUGCAGAAGGGGCCGUCAGUGGGUGUUAAUGCUCUGCUGGACUGGUGUAACAUAGAGGUGCUAGGAAGGGGGGUGCACCAUGUCUUACACUACCUGGCUGGAUGGCAGAGUGGAGCCCAGCAAACUGCUUUUUGAAGCAGGAGGUGGAGGUGCCCUCAUUCAAAACGCUUCCCCAGAAGUGGUUGGCGGUUCUUGUAUAGCUUCCAGUAUUAUCAUCGCAUCUCUUGGCAUUGCUAGCUAGGGCUAGAAAAGGGUUCUUCUGGAGGGGGCUGGAGAGCCUGGUGUCCAGGAGCAGGUGGUGGUGCUUGCUGGGGAGAGCUGUGGGGUCACCUACCCUGCUGUAGCCGAAGGCCACCACGUGGUACCAUUCCUUCCUUCCCCAGAGCAUUACCAGGGCAGGGGGUGAGGGGAGAGGAGGAGAGAGGGGAGAGGUGACUCCUGGGCUACUCUCUCCAUUGCCUCAUCACCUGGCAGGCAGUGGCUGCUCCUGCAGCUCUGUCUGAGUAACCUCUGGAGGGCAAAUGCGUGUUAGUGGCCUCCCAGCGAAACUUGGCAACUGGAACCGGGGAGGAGAUGCGUCCUUGCGCAACGAUGCGCUGGAGGGAUCCUGUCCCCGGUGUGUCAGCACCUCCCUGCAAUUGAAGGGCAUUCUUGCUGCUGGUGACGUCCUUUGCUGUUGACCCUGACAGCACCGCUGUCCUCCUUCCUGUGUGUGGGUUUCGGUCUGUGGUCCUGGCACAAUUCAUGCCUCUCUGCAUCCCUUCUGGACACAAGUAGUGCCGGCAAACCAACCGGGGCAGAAGGGGCGGAAGGUCUUCACCUUAAUGAAUCCUCUUGCUCCAGCCACAUAUUUUAAUGAGAGAAUGGUUGAUUUUUUUUUUUUGUGGUCAGGUUCCUCUGCAAUGAGAUGUAUGCUCCUGGGUUGCUGGCAGUGGUGAGGGAAGGGCUCCUCGUCCCGUGUGUGCCCCUUGCUGGGGCAUGGGUGCCUUCCGCUUCGUGCAGGAGAGCGGAUGCCUUGUCACCUGAUCAGAGCAACCUCUGAGCACCUCAGGCAUAUCCUGUGCUUCCCUAAAAGGCUUUCUUAGGGAGGAAGAGGAAAAUACGCUGGUGCACUGGGCUGACCGUAAAACUCCUAUUUUGGAAGAGCACAGGCAGCCGCGUUUGCCCAGCCACGCUGGAGGAAGCAGGCUGGGAGCGGCGGGGAGCUGUGCUGGGGCGUGCCAUGGCGAGGAGUGGUGCUGGCGCUGCCGAAGCACUAUUUUGGGUUUGCGUGUAAUUGCAGGUUGCACCAACGAGGCUGGGUUUGGAGAUAUUUAGAGAGCUGAGUGCUUUUAAAGCUGCAGAAAAACUGGCUGCCGCUGAUCGUCUACAAACGUGGAGGGUGGGUGUGUUUCAUGCACACCCGCUGAGCGCAACUUUGACUUCUCCUCACCCUGGAGCCACUGAGCAUCUGUGUUGGCUGAGGACAGCGGGUGGCGAUGCCCUUUCCCUCCUCGGCAAAGGGAACAGUGGCAGUUAGCAGCCCCAUGGGGUACUCACUAAAUUCAUGAGAUGGCCAUCACCACGCAAAUCUCAAAAGAUGAGCUGGAAGAACUCAAGGAGGCCUUUGCCAAAGUCGACCUCAACAGCAAUGGGUUCAUCUGCGACUACGAGCUGCACGAGCUCUUCAAGGAAGCCAACCUGCCUCUUCCUGGGUACAAAGUGAGAGAGAUCAUCCAGAAGCUCAUGAUCGACAGUGACAAGAAUAAAGAUGGGAAGAUUAGUUUUGAAGAAUUUGUCUAUAUUUUCCAAGAGGUGAAAAGCAGCGAUAUUGCUAAAACUUUCAGAAAAGCAAUUAACAGAAAGGAGGGAAUCUGUGCGAUCGGGGGCACCUCGGAGCUCUCCAGUGAAGGGACCCAGCACUCUUACUCAGAGGAAGAAAAAUAUGCCUUUGUAAACUGGAUAAACAAAGCCCUGGAAAAUGAUCCUGACUGUAGGCACGUUAUUCCAAUGAACCCAAAUACAGAUGACCUGUUCAAAGCUGUGGGAGAUGGGAUUGUGCUAUGCAAAAUGAUCAAUCUUUCUGUUCCGGACACAAUUGAUGAAAGAGCGAUUAACAAAAAGAAACUCACACCAUUCAUAAUUCAGGAGAACCUGAACCUGGCGCUGAAUUCUGCAUCUGCCAUCGGUUGCCAUGUUGUCAAUAUUGGUGCAGAGGACUUGAGGGAAGGGAAACCCCACCUGGUUCUUGGGCUUCUCUGGCAGAUCAUUAAGAUUGGCUUGUUUGCGGACAUUGAGCUCAGCAGAAAUGAAGCACUGGCUGCCUUACUUCGUGAUGGUGAAAAUCUGGAGGACCUUAUGAAACUGUCCCCAGAAGAGCUGCUCCUAAGAUGGGCCAACUUCCACUUGGAAAAUGCAGGCUGGCACAAAAUCAAUAACUUCAGCUCGGAUAUCAAGGAUUCUAGAGCUUAUUUCCACCUUCUCAAUCAAAUUGCACCUAAAGGGCAGAAAGAAGGAGAGCCUCAGAUCGAUAUUAACAUGUCAGGUUUCAAUGAGAAGGACGACUUGCGAAGAGCAGAGUACAUGCUUCAGCAGGCAGACCGGCUCGGGUGCCGGCAGUUUGUCACGCCGGCUGAUGUGGUCAGUGGCAAUCCCAAACUGAAUCUGGCCUUUGUUGCAAACCUGUUCAACAAGUACCCAGCACUUACCAAGCCUGAAAACCAGGACAUUGACUGGACUCUACUAGAAGGAGAGACCCGUGAGGAACGGACUUUCCGUAACUGGAUGAACUCCCUUGGUGUGAACCCCCAUGUAAAUCACCUCUACGGUGAUCUCCAAGAUGCACUGGUAAUACUGCAAUUAUAUGAAAAGAUCAAAGUUCCUGUUGACUGGAAUAAGGUUAACAAACCUCCAUACCCUAAGCUGGGAGCAAAUAUGAAAAAGCUAGAAAACUGUAACUAUGCUGUAGACCUGGGAAAGCAUCCAGCCAAAUUCUCCCUGGUUGGCAUUGGAGGGCAGGAUCUGAACGACGGAAACCCAACGUUGACACUAGCCUUAGUCUGGCAGUUGAUGAGAAGGUACACACUGAACGUCCUUGAGGACCUGGGUGAUGGUCAGAAAGCCAACGAUGACAUUAUAGUCAGCUGGGUAAACCAGACCCUGAAAGAAGCUGGCAAGUCCACCUCCAUCCAGAACUUCAAGGACAAGACUAUCAGUACAAGCUUGGCAGUGGUGGAUUUAAUUGAUGCUAUACAGCCUGGUUGCAUCAACUAUGACCUUGUAAAGACUGGUCAUCUGUCGGAAGAUGACAAACAAAAUAAUGCUAAGUAUGCUGUGUCCAUGGCAAGAAGAAUUGGUGCCCGAGUCUAUGCUCUUCCGGAAGAUCUUGUGGAGGUGAAACCGAAGAUGGUCAUGACCGUGUUUGCCUGCUUGAUGGGCAGAGGAAUGAAGCGAGUAUAAAAGGGUUGAUCCAUGUAAAAAUUAAAACAAACAACAAAACACAACAAAAACCCAACCUGCCACCCUGGGUGCAUGAGUAGCAGACCAGCUGUGUCCACGCUGAAAUGCUGUUGGCCUAGGAACUGUUGAAGUUCAAAGGAUGUUGUUUUGCUUUGCGAGACAAACUCGUAUCAAAAUUCUCAGGGAGAGGAGUUUUAACCAACAGAUGUGCUCUUUUCCCAAAGAAAAGUUUGACUUAUCAAGAGCUCACAGAAAUGCAUUCAUAACAGACCAGCACCUCGAACGCUGCUCUGGAGCUGUUUUCACCACGUUAUUUCUCUGAUGCUUGGUGUUGUCCCCACCCCACCCCACCCCCGAGGGCUCUGAGGUGGUCAGUAGGAGUUGUAAUGGGAAUGGAUCUUAUUUCUGUCUGCAGUCCAGCUUAAUUGCUGUUAUUUGGUCCAAGCGCAUUCUGGGUUUGACCACUUCCUUAACUUUGCAAACAAAGCUACCGUACAAGUUGGGACCUAUAGACCAGCUCGCAAUGCUAAAUGAGAAAUGUUUUGGAAGAUGGAUCUUAUGGUAUUCUCUGUACAUGGUGCUUUUUUUAUACAUCUAACUAUUUUGAUUACUUUACAAAUAAAGCAUAGCAGUUUUUUCUCUUGCUGCUUAUAAAAAAAAAAAGGGGGGGGGGUUGUUUGUAUUUUUAAGUUAGACUACAUAUGAGAAUACCACCAUCCUUGGACUGCGCACAGUAACACAUGAUACCACAUUGCUGAUGGCACAGUUGCACCUGAGAAUGGAAGUGAAUGCAUUUUUGUAUGCAUCUUGGUUCAGUUGUGUGUACCUAGAACAUAAUUUUUACAAAAAUCUGCAUGAAAGAUAUAACUUUUUAUUUAAAAUGUUGUUGGAUAUAAAACCAUACUACAUUGUGGGGAGGUUUUGUGCAGGGAAGAGGCAAAUGUUACGAACAGCAGGGUUCAAUAAACUGAACAGCAAAUAUGCUGGAAUAUAAAAUUAUUUUUACAGAUAAAAUGAAGUGUUGUCGCCAAAGAAGGAAGAUUCUGUAUCCAUAGGAGUUAAUAUUAUCUUGCUUUGGCAAGCUGUUUGCUAGAUUUUGAGAUCAUAUUGCUAUUCCGAGCUAUUCAAAAUGAUGUAAUAUGGUGGCAAAGCAUUAGUUGAAAUAAAAAAAAGACAC